AUGUUUUCUUCAAAUUUGCGCAAAGAUAUAAUUGAACUUGAAAAGAAAAUUUCCGUCUUUGAAAACGAGUGUAAAAUUGUCGAAAAGAAUGCAUUAAAAAGAAAAUUAAGUUCUAAACCAAUAUCUCAAAGUAAAGGUUUAGAUACAUGGAUUCCUACAUAUGCCUUAAAGGCUCUGUCAGAAUUAGACGCUCCUAAAAAAUCAAAUUCUUCUGAUUCGAAAGUUUAUUCUACUAGCUCUGCACCAUCAAUUUGUAGUAAACGAUGUAACAAAUCUGAUUUUGUGGCUGAUAAUAAGGUUGGAAAAGUAAAAAAUAAUCGGAAUAAAAACAAAUCAGUAAUAACGAAGCAGUCUAAUCGGAGGAACGAUUUAUGUAAUUCAGAAAACAAAGUUAAAAAAUGUAAAAGUACCAAAUCAUGUGGAUCCAGUACGAAUUCUAAUGUUAAAAAAAUAGAAAUUAGCAAUGGCAGUAAAAAGUCUGAAGGAAAUGUUCCUUGUAAGCAAAUGUUGUCACAUCCAAAUAGCGAUAUUGAAGCCAUUGUUAGAGAAGCACUAAAGUUAAAUAAUAAUUCUAAGAAAAAAACAGAUUUUGUAAAAAAUAAUGUAGAUUCUGAACAAUGUCAGUGUGUUUCAAGUAAAAAAGAUGCAGGUCAAAAGUGGUCUGAUAUUUUGGCAGAAGAAGCAUUAAAAAAUAAAGAAAAUAAUUUCUCAAAUUCAAAUUUUACUCCGUCUAAUCUCAGUGAAAAUUGUGGUUUAGAGUUAAAAAAAAAGAAUGAAGAAAUAUCACAGUUGAAAAAAAUGGAAGAAGAUUCAUUAAUAUUAAUUAAAAACUUAAAAUUAAAAGUUGAAAAAUCAAAAGAUGAUACUAAACAAAAUGAUAGUCUUAGUAGCGAAUUAAGUAGUUUGAAAGAUAAAUUUUCAUCUCAAAAAAAGGUUAUAGAAGAUUUAAGAACGAGUAAUUUCGAAUUGAAAGAAACACUCAAUAAGCGUUCUUUAGAAUAUGACAAGCUUAAAACUGAAAUGAAAAUUUCUAAACUUGAAAAACAAAAACAUGAAUCGAAUUCCCAAGGUGUUGAUCUGAAGAAAAUGAUUGAGACGAUAUUUCAUAAAAGUCAAUUAAUUAAUCAAUCAGAUUUUGAUUCGACAAUAUUAAAUAAAGGUUUUAAAAAAUCACCUUCGCCCAACGGUCUUAUUCAUUCUACUCCAACGUCAAGUAAAUCCUCUGAUAUAGAUAUAUCAUCAUGGAAUAGAAUAAGUUCCAUUAAAAAUUAUGGUCAUUUAGAUUAUUUAAAUGAAAAUAAAAGUGGUGAAUUUUAUCCAGUGUAUGGUAAAGGUGUUUCUUCUGACGUUAAAAUGCUUGAAUUGGAUAGGAAAACAACUCAAAACCUUGGCAGCAUAAAUCCUUUAAAAAUUUCAAACGCUCCUCCUUCUUUUACUAGUUGUUUGUCAAUUAAUAAUAAUGAGAUAAACUUUGAAGAGGCAAAAGACAUGAAAAUUUUUAAUGAAAAUUUAAUCGAACAAAACAAGGAAAAUUUAUUAUUGUUACCUAAAGAGACUGAAAAUAAUAUAGAAAAAUUACUAAAAGAUAUGAAAAUAAAAUGGUCGAAAGAAGUUUAUAGUACAUCUUCAGUACUUUUUAUAUGGACCGUGUACAGUAUUUGUUAA